UUUAUUUAUGUUUUAUACACAGUUUUAAAAAUAAUUUUUAAAGUUAUAGGUUAUAUUAUAUUAGUACCUUCUUCAGUUCGUUUUUCCAUUUUAAGGUACAUUUAACUAGUAUGCCUAGUGUUCAUGGUACUUUUGUAUCUGAAAAGAUAAAUAAAAUUCGAUGGAGACCAGAUCAGUUUAAUAAUUCCCAUUUUUUCAUAACCGGAAGUGUAGACAAUGAUGAUAAUAAUAUCAAAUUAUGGGAUUUUUAUGAAAGCCAAGAGGAUGACGAUAUUUAUCCUUUGUUAGUCUCUUCCUUCCCAUACUGCGGUGAUGUAACUGAAGCUAAGUUUUUAAAUGCAGAUUACUUUGUAAGUUCGUCAACUUCGGGUUCAGCACAUUUAAUGAAAAUUGUUACAUCUACUGAGCAUGUUAUUUUAGAAAAUGAAAUAAUAUGGCAAAAUAUCCAUUUGUUUAAGAAUGGUGACAAUUCUCCAUGCACAGCAUUGGCAUUAUAUGAAAACGACAUUGCAACUGUUGGAGAAGAUGGUUGUAUUAAUUUAUUAACAGCUCAGUCUAAGCACGUUGUAAGAAAAAUAGAUGAUGCAGACAGCUGUUCUAUUCAUCGUGUAAUUUUUAUAAAGCACAAUGAAAUAUUAACAAGUAAUUUAAGAGGUCAAAUGAAAAUUUGGGAUCUCCGAUCCAAUAAUAAAGUACCUAAUAUUACCUUUAUGCUGAGUGGUGAUCAAGUUACUCCUACUUGUCUAGCUUAUCAUCCUACGCAGAGACACUUAAUAAUUGCAGGAGAUGAUUUGGGAGCUUUGACAACUUGGGAUUUGCGACAAAAUACUUAUCCUGUCAAUGUGUUAAAUGCUCAUGACGGAGUAAUUUCUGAAAUACAGUUUCAUCCCGAUCACCCAGAUCAGUUAUUUAGCUGUUCUACUGCAGGUGAACUUUGGCACUGGUCUACAAAAAUCAAAAAUAUAACAAUAGGCUUAGAAAACAUUGAUACAAAUGUGUGGUUGGCCCCAGACAACGUAAAAAAUAAACUGGAAGUUUUUACAUUAAUGCCUACAUUAGGAAAGCCAAUUAAUACCUUAGAUUUAAAUAGAAAUAAAGUUAUAUGUGGUUGUGACAAUGAAGCGGUUUAUUUAAUUAACAAUGUCACUUUAUAUUAGGUAUUUUUUACAAUUUUUAUA